GAGAGAAGUCAGGCUGCUCUACCGUCAAAACGCGGACAAAGCGUCGGUCGACGUCUUCCUUCCGUUAACCCUUCCCAGUCGCCGUUACGAAAUCCGUUACGCGUGUGACAAAGGGAGAUCUCUUUUUUUAAGAGAACCCUUCCUCUCUCAUAUAAGUUUCAGUCUUCUCUCUUCCCUUGUUAUGGACGGUUUGAGACCGCGCAAUAAACGGUUUUAAUUGCAAAAAAAAAGAAAAAAAAGAAGAGGAAAUAGAGAGACAAAUCAGUCAAAGUAUUUCAAGCAAGCACUGAGAGCCAUCUUCCAGGUUGGAACUUUUGUAUGAUACUUCUGCAUUGCCACGUCUUUUGUUGUUAAGUUUAUCGGGAAUUCAUCCCAAUCUUUAUGGGGAAAAGAUUUAAAGGAAGGGAAGAACAUGUAUUGAAGGCAACUCAUUGAACUAAUUGCGGAAGGUUUCUUUUGAGGGGGGAAGUUUAUUUUUGAUGAGCUGAACACUGAUUGCAGCUGUCUUUAAAAACAGAGGCAAAACUUUACUUGUUUGGUGCAGCACACGAACUAUCUGCACAGUCCAUGCAGUGCUAGUAGUAGUAUGGACAUGAACGAGCUUUUCAGCUAUGGUGGAGAUAUAUCCUAUGCAUUCUCUACUAGCUCUUCUGUACCAUCAUCUGAAUGGGUAUAUGGCCCUAUGAAAUUCAAUAUUGGGAGCUCUCCAGACUCACCUCUCUCUACCCAAUUUGAUUAUGAUACUCUCUCUACCACAUUAAGCAACAGCCAGGAGCAAUUCAGCUCCACUGAAAAUCACGACAGAGGUAUCAGCCCUUCCCAUAAUUCCUCCUUAGAUUCUGAGAGUGUUCUCCAGAGAUCACCCCACACCAUUCAAGAUCGCUUUCAAGCGUCAGCGGGUGGAAGCACCGGGUCUUCUUUCAUUACCCCUGGUGCUGCCUCUUGUAUCCGGAACAUGAAGCAUGCACUCUUGGAAUUGGAGUCAGCUCUCAUGGCUCCAGAUGAUGAUGAAGAGGUAACAAAUCAAUCUAAAGAGAGAAAGCCUGAAAAUACAAAGCGACGCUUUGUUGCCUCUAGUCAGGCUGCAAUGCGGGGCCCCCCAUUAGCACGGUCUAACAGUAAGGUUCAGAAAACUUCUCAUGGUGACCCACCUGAAAAACCAUGCAUUGAAAGAGGUGGACAUGGGGAUCCACAGCCAUGUGGACAUGGGGAUUCACAGCCAUGUGGAAAUGUAAGGGAUCUUUUGAUCGAGUGUGCGAAGGCCCUCUCUCAAAAUGAGAUCGCAAACUUUGAAAGGCUCAUAUCAGAAGCAAGAAAUGCAGUCUCAAUAAGUGGUAAGCCAAUCCAAAGACUUGGGGCCUAUAUGUUAGAAGGCUUAGUUGCUCGGCAAGAAGCCUCUGGUUCAGUGAUCUACCGCUCUCUCAAAUGCGAGGAACCCAUGCCCUUUGGCAAGGAACUUCUCUCUUAUAUGCAUAAACUCUAUGAGAUCUGCCCUUACUUCAAAUUCGGGUACAUGGCAGCUAAUGGGGCUAUUGCGGAGGCCUUCAGGACUGAGGACUGGGUGCACAUAAUUGACUUCCAAAUAGCCCAAGGCACCCAAUGGGUCACCCUAAUACAAGCCUUAGCGGCUCGCCCUAGUGGCCCACCUCAUGUCCGUAUAACUGGAAUUGAUGAUCCGGUUUCAAAGCAAGCAAGAGGAAAGGGCCUCGAGGUGGUUGGUGAAAGGCUCAAAGCUAUGUCAGAGAAGUUUGGGAUACCAGUUGAGUUCAAUGCAGUGCCUGUGUUUGGGCCCGAAGUGGAACUGGAGAUGCUUGACGUGAGGCCUGGUGAGGCCCUCGCGGUGAACUUCACAUUGCAACUUCAUCACACCCCUGACGAGAGUGUUGACGUCCGCAACCCACGAGAUGAUCUCUUGAGAAGGGUGAAGGCACUUUCUCCCAAAGUCAUGACUUUGGUCGAACAUGAAUCGAACACCAACACGGCACCAUUUCUCCCUAGGUUUAUGGAGACAUUGGAAUAUUAUUCUGCCAUGUUUGAAUCAAUAGAUGUUUCGCUGGCAAGAGAUAGCAAGGAGAGGAUCAAUGUUGAGCAACAUUGUUUGGCAAGGGAUAUUGUGAAUAUUGUGGCAUGUGAAGGGCGUGAUCGGAUUGAGAGGCAUGAGUUGCUGGCGAAAUGGAGGUCAAGGCUCAUGAUGGCAGGAUUUAGACCUUACCCACUUAGUGGUUAUGUGAAUUCAGUUAUAAGGUCGCUGUUGAAGUCGUACUCGGAGAAUUACACAUUGGAGGAGAAGGAUGGGGCGCUCUUGUUGGGAUGGAAGGAGAGGAACCUCAUAUCAGCUUCGGCCUGGCAGUGAGGUAAAGGAAUUGAUUGAGCCUUUGUUUUGUUGUAUGUUUACUGUAGGUAGACAUUUACUAUUGCGCUUGUCUGUUUCUUGUUUCCGUGUUAAGAGUAGAAAUGAAGGGCUUCUUGCCUGAGCUACUGUGCUGACUGUAAUGUACGCUGGUGGUUAGGAUUGGACUGAAUAAUAGUGGCUGUUCUGAUGCUCCCAUUGGA